UGUGAGAGCCCUCGGGGCACUUCCCCCCUCACCUUACAGCAAUGCUUGAGACACCUGUCGUGUUAUACUCACUCCCUCUCAUCUAGACCAUUGCUUUUAGUUUAUAGCCUGGUUAAAGCGCUGGCUGCUACUGCAAUGCUAGAAUGGGCAACUUCCCUGUUCGUCUUGCUACUCCUGCUUCUGUGGUUUUAUAAGAUGGGCUUCAGAAAUACCUCACGGAUAGCAAAAGCUUCAUGCAGUGUGGAUGACCAGGAAAGCUACAAAUUGGUGUAUAAACCUUCUGCCCUGGCCAACUACCUUGUGAGGCAGUGCAGGAGCUUCGGUGGCUUCUCUGACGUUAAAUGGCUGUGGAGAAACUUCCCCACUCUGCAAUCUCUAGUGGGGAUUCUAGGACCGGUGGAUAAGGAGGUUAACUUUGUCAGAGAGUACCUGCAGCUCAGCGAUGACGGACUGGUAGCUUUAGACUGGGCAGUGAAACCUGGGCACCAUCAGAAGCGGAGGAGGACAUCCAGUAACUCCACUGUACCCAUCUUGCUGGUGAUCCCAAACUCCUUCGGGAAAAUGACCAGGAAUGCUAGCAAGAUAUGUCAUUUGGCACUUAUUUCUGGCUACCAAGCAGUGAUCUUUAAUCGCCGUUGCCAGAAUGGCUGCCCUCUCAACACAGUCAAGCUGCAGGCUUACGGAGAUCCUACGGACUUGAGAGAAGCCAUUCGAUAUAUCCGCCACUGUCAGCCUUCUGCAAGGCUGUUUGCUGCGGGUGAAGGCACUGGUGCUGGCCUCCUUCUGUCCUACCUUGGAGAAUGCGGCUCCUCCAGUUACAUUACUGCAGCAGGAUGCAUCUCGCCACUUUUCCGGGUACAAGACUGGUUUGAGGCUGGCUGUCCAUGGCUCUGGCAGACUGUUUUGCUUUGGUAUCAGAAAAUGCAACUAAGCAGGUACGCUACUGCACUGGGACAGAUCAUUAAUACUGAACGUCUCUUGGCAAGCAGAACACUUAAAGAGUUAGAAGAGGUCUUGUUUUGUCAAACCAAAGUUCCUAAUGGGCUGACCUGGGACACAUACUGGGAAAGAAAUGACCCUCUCAGAGAUAUAGAUGAAGUGGCUAUACCAGUCCUGUGUAUAUGCAGCCAGGAUGACCCAGUCCGUGGGGAUCCGCACAACACUCUCCCUUUUGAGCUAUUUGAGACCAAUCCCCACUUCUUUCUCCUGUUGACCCGCCAUGGUGGCCAUUGUGGCUUUAUUAAAGAGGAUCCAUCUAACACAAUGUGGAGCCACAAUGUCCUGCUAGAGUUCUUUAAGUCUACUGUAGACUUUUUUACAAUGGAAGAAAGGUUGAAAGGUCUCUCGAGGAGGAAAGGAACCAUCUCUAUCUCUACAAGUAGAACUGCUCAGGACAGAUCUUUAGGUCGAAGGGAACAAUUUUGUUCUCAUAAUAUCCAUGAAAUUUACAACUGGCAACGAUCUUACACCAGGUGACCAAAGGAAGAUACUAAAAAACCUGUGCUGACCAUAAUGUCAAUAUGUUAAUUAAACCAACAUGCCAGAAGCAUUAACAUUACUGUAUGAAUAUACAGUUGACACCAUUGCUUUUAAGGGGAUUGGUGUUAUAUAUUAUACACAAUAAAUACCACUGUGAAUUCUAACCACACUGAAAGCCUAUUUGCUCCACAAGGCUCCACAAGUACUGUAUGCUGUGCCAUUUAUCUGUGUAAAUUAGUUCUUAGAGUUUGACUAUAGGAAUGUUGUAUUUGUAUUUAAUGAUGUUUCAUGAUGUGCUUAAUAAUAAUUUAUACUGUGCAGUGGAUAACGUUUGCCUUUUUAAAUGGUAUACUGGAAAAUACCAAAAUUUAAGGUUAAGGAUGAUGCAAUCAAAACAAGUUAAAUAAGGUUACAAAAACAAUAUAUAAAUAUACUAUAAGGAAGUUGCCAAAACAAAUAAAGCAUUGCAAAAUAAUUCUUUAGAAAUAA